AUGUCUGCGACGAACGGCGCAGCGCAGAAGUUAGCGUACAAUAUCCGCCCCGUGGACCCGGAACAGCUCCGCCUCCUCCGCCAUGAAGUGCUCUGGCCCUCCAUCCCCCUCUCAGCCCAACUCGCCGAGUACGACUACGCCCCCGGCGCCCUGCAUCUCGGUCUCUUCCUGCCCUCCUCUGACCUGCGCGCUCUGUCUAUCCCGCCUUCCUACGACUCGCUGCCCGUUGGCGUAGUCACUCUGGUUCCUGCGCCCUAUACCCAGCCUCCCCAGCCUCUUCCCCCAUCCCUCGCCUCGAGCCUGCCCGAGUUUAGGGGCGAACCCGCAACUCAGCUGAGGAAGUUUGCGCUGCACCCGAACCUCCAGGGCCGCGGAUUGGGACGGGUCAUGUUUGACGCGUGCGUUUCCGCCUUACAGAAGAUGGACAGGGAGGAGGGGCAGGAGGGGCGGGAAGGGCAGGAGGGACGGAGACUGCUCCAUCUCGACGCUAGGACGAACCAGGUCGGCUUCUACCAGCGCCUUGGGCUGAGUGUGCUCGACGAGAACGUGUUUACGAAAGUCGGGCCGAAUGGCGACGGACCGGCCAUUCCCCACUUGCGCAUGGGGAUUGUUAUCUAG